CCUCCACUUUCUGACUUCUGUGCUGCUAAAAUCUGAACUUCCACACAGCAGAGGUUUUCUCUGCAUUCAAUUCCACACAGUGGCAGGCUCCAGUUCCCUGCUAGAAAUCUCACUGGCAGGUAAAGGGAACAGGGGGCUGCAGCUCGCCUUGCCUGAGAAGUAGCUCUAGAGGCACUCUAGUACUAGCCUGGGAACCAAAGCUGACGUGCUGCCUUUCCGAAGUUAGUUACAGAGAGUGGGGACGUUGGAAAAUCUCUCCAGGCAGCACUAGCCCUUUGCUGCCCCUCCCCUUUACCCACACCCCUCUUGUGCUGUCUCGCUGGCAUUUUGUUUCUGCACUAGAAAAGGUGCAGAGCGCCAGAAGGGGGGGGGGGAACCUAGCAAGCCCUGGCAUGCACUUGGAUUUACUUAAGCUGCACUGAACUUGGCUUCCUUAGACUGAAAGGACAGCUGGGCACAUGUACUUCCUCCCAUGGUGGGAAAUUGGUUGAAGGGCUUAUUAGCACUGUUAAUCAUUUGAAUCUAUCAAGCAUUGGUGCUGUCACAAAGACAGCAUUCUGCUUUGCUGCCUGCUUAGAAGUGGCACUCCGAUUCUGUUUGGACAAUGCUCACUGUCAAGUGUUUGGGAUUUGUUUACUCCGGAUGGUAUCUAUGGGCAUCUUUGUUUCUGUCCUCCUUUAAAGUUUCCCAGCAGGGUGAAAACCAAAGGCGUCUGUACAGAGAACUGUUGAGGAACUACAAUCGCCUUGAACGCCCCGUAGUGAAUGAUUCCCAACCGCUUAUUGUUGAGCUACAACUUUCUUUGCUGCAGAUAAUCGAUGUGGAUGAGAAGAACCAGGUGCUGAUAACGAAUGCUUGGCUACAGAUGUACUGGAUUGACGUUUACUUGUCUUGGGAUCAGUACGCAUACCCAGGAGUCCAGAACUUACGAUUUCCCUCUGACCAGAUAUGGGUGCCAGACAUUCUUCUGUAUAACAGUGCGGAUGAAAGAUUUGAUGCCACGUUUCACACGAACGUGUUGGUGAAUUAUUCUGGAUCUUGUCAGUACAUUCCUCCAGGCAUUCUGAAGAGCACGUGUUACAUUGACGUCCGCUGGUUCCCUUUUGAUGUGCAAAAAUGCGAUUUGAAAUUUGGUUCAUGGACCCACAAUGGCUGGCUGCUUGACCUGCAGAUGCUUGAAGCAGAUUCCAAUUACAUAUCGAAUGGAGAAUGGGAUUUAGUGGGUGUCCCAGGGAAGAGGAACGAGCUGUACUACGAGUGCUGUAAAGAACCGUAUCCAGAUGUGACAUACACUGUAACCAUGCGCCGGCGCACCCUCUACUAUGGCUUGAACUUACUGAUUCCCUGUGUCCUUAUAUCUGGCUUGGCAUUGCUUGUUUUCCUAUUGCCUGCCUCGGGAGAGAAGAUCUCUUUAGGCAUCACUGUCCUGCUGUCCCUGACAGUGUUAUUGCUUGUGGCGGAGAUCAUGCCUGCCACCUCGGAUUCUGUCCCUCUAAUAGCUCAAUAUUUCGCUAGUAUCAUGGUCAUUGUUGGUGUCUCGGUGGUGGUAACGGUCCUGGUUCUUCAGUUUCAUCAUCAUGAUCCACAAGCGGGAAAAAUGCCCCACUGGGUCCGUGUUUUCCUGCUGAAUUGGUGUGCUUGGUUUUUAAGAUUGAAAAAGCCUGGAGAGAACAUAAGGCCCCUUUCUUGCAAAUACAACUAUCCCAAGCACCAUUCAAGCAUCAGUAGCGUUGAAAUGAAUGUGUUACCUGGAUACCAAUCUAGCAAUGGGAACGUGAUCUAUAGCUACCAUGCCAUGGAAAACCCAUGCUGCCCACAAAACAGUGACUCAGGUGGUAAGUGUGGAAAGGUCACUUGCGCCUCUACAGAAGAUAUUGAGCUAGUUCAAAAGAAAGCUAUAAUGGAUACUAUCCCAGUGAUUGUUAAAAUCCUGGAAGAAGUUCAGUUCAUUGCAAUGCGUUUCAGAAAACAAGAUGAGGGUGAAGAAGUUUGUAGUGAGUGGAAGUUUGCAGCAGCUGUCAUAGACAGAUUAUGCCUGGUUGCAUUUUCACUCUUUGCAAUUAUCUGUACGUUUACAAUACUGAUGUCUGCUCCAAAUUUUAUAGAAGCUGUUUCAAAGGAUUUUGCAUAAGGCUCUCAAAGAGGAGCACUCAGUACGAAAAAUGUCAUUUCAAAAUAAAAAAUGUCGCCAUUAACUUUGCUAAAUAAUGUAAUUUAAAUCUUACAUAGAAUGAAGGAGCUGAAAUUAGUUUUGAGAGCUGAUUAUCUUCAGUGUUAGUGAUUGUAAUGACUGAAUAAUAUAAAUACCGGACCCUGUUAUUUAUUUCUUAGAUUGUGUCUGCCUGUAAUGAUGUUAUGGUCUGUGACAAGUGGUAGGCAAGAAUUCAAAUCUUUGUUACAAGUAAGCACUAGUGUAUGUGUACUACUGAGAAAGCACUAGUGAACAAUUAGCUAUUGUUUAAUAAGUAAAAGCUAGAUUGAUAAGUCAUUCUGACUAACAUGUUCUUUAGUAUAUUGUCAUUUUCAAUAUCUUUAUCAUUCAGUAUCUUAUUAUAUUAUAUUAUAUAUUAUAUAUAUCUUAUUAUAUUAUUAUAUUAGUAUGGCUGUGACAUACAUUUCUCAUUUUUGACAACGUAUCACUCUGCACUGUUUAUACUGCAAUUAGCUAAACAAAUUACUGGUGUUCGCUUGUACUAUUGCUGUGAUUAUCUGAAACAUUUUUCCAAUCAAGAUGUUAACAGAAUGUAUUUUUGCUAAAACUUUACAGAAAUAUUUUUUUUAAAUGGAGGAAAUGUUGUUUGUUGAAAGGGAACAGAAAACUCAGUCAGCAUUCAGAGAACUGUACAGAUUCUCAAUGACACUGUUGUGUUGCUACUGUCGUCUAUGUGCUUAAUUUGAAUACAUCUUGAAUCACAACUGCCAAUCUAAUACCUGCUAAUCCCAAAAUUUUUCGGAGGAUUCCUGGCCCCAUCUAAGUCAGAUGUUAGAUGUCACGGUCUAGUCUUCUUUGUUGGGCUCUGUUGGUGUGAUCUACUUUCAAACUUGGCCAAUGUGGUCUUGUUUAAGGAAUUAUGUUGAUUAAAGACAACUUAUUUUUGUUUAGCUAAAGUUUAACAUGGAAGACUUUUGUCUUUACUUGUAACCAUGUUGCUGCUGUUAACUACUGUAGUGCUUAAAUAUCAAUAAACAAUAACUCUUAUG